AGCCAAGUCCCGUAUUCCUAAUCACAUCUUUCGCUUCAACCACGACAAUGAGCUCAAGCCAAUAUCCAGUGCCACCUCCCUCAUAUGGCCCCUCAGGGUCCAGCAAUAACAAUAAGUCCCGCUAUUCUCCAAGGGACGAUGCCGCAGAGCCUCUGCUUGGUCGUACUAGGUCUCCAGGUGGCGGUAUUUAUGAUCAGCCAGCCGAGGGGGAGCUCCCUGACGAUUUCAAGUAUGGAGUCACCGUUUCCGAGAGCUCAGCAGAAGUCAGGAACGCAUUUGUUAGGAAAGUAUAUACUAUCCUCUUCUGUCAAAUACUCGCUACUUGCAUCGUCGCCGGAGGCCUAUCUCAGUCGUUUUCGGCAAUCGUAUGGGUGCAGACACACACCUGGGUUUUUUAUGUCUCGUUGUUUGGUACCCUUGUCAACCUAGGCCUAUUGUACUGGAAGCGUCACAGCCAUCCGAUCAACUUCGCCUUACUCUCGACCUUUACUCUUCUCGAAGCAUUCUCUUUAGGCGUUGUGGUCGCGUUUUACAAUAAUGCCAUCGUGCUUCAGGCCCUGUUGAUUACCUUAGGGGUAUUCUUAGGUUUGACACUGUUCACGUUCCAGUCAAAGUACGACUUCUCUGGACUAGGCCCCUGGCUUUUCGGAGGCCUCAUGGCCCUUCUGAUGACAGGCAUCGUUGGCGUGUUUAUUCCCUUCGGACGCACGAUGGAUCUCAUUUUUGCUAUCGGCGGAUGUCUCAUCUUCAGCGGAUACAUCGUGUACGAUACCUAUGUGAUCAACCGCAGACUAUCUCCCGACGAAUUCAUCAUGGGAUCGAUCAGUCUCUACCUCGAGUACGUACUUGGCAGUGUCUUCUGAGAAUCAACCACGUUGACUUAUCUCCUAUCACCAGUUUCAUUAAUCUUUGUGUGUUCUUCCAUGUUCCGAUAGUGGCUUACUAAUAUUCAUCGACUUUUUGCUUUCACAGUCAUCAACAUUCUCCGUCUGCUCAAUGACCUCCAGGACCGUUAGAUAAGUAGGUUUAUCCAACUUCCUGCUCAUGUCUCGAAGUGAAUGUUUGCUAUGUACA